AUGGAAUUCGUCACGACUGAAGGCUACAUAUCAAACAGUAAAAUUGUACAUUGUGACAAUGGGUGUUUUUACAAAAUUAAAUGUACAAGAACAAAUUCUAAAUCAUUGCAAUGUAUACAAAUAGACUGUUCGGCAACCGGUCUCAUUGUGGAAAAUUUAUUGUAUGAGAAACGUACUCACACUAUACAUGGUCCUGAUAUGAACUAUUUAGCCCUAGUGAAUUUAAAGCAGAAUAUUUUACGAAGGUGUGUGGAAGAAUGUACUCCACUUCGAGUAAUUUAUGAAGAAGGGACAUCAAGAACACAAGGGUUAGAAGAUCGCCUAGAGUAUACUUCUCUUUUGAGAACCAUGGAAAGGACUAGAGCUGCAGCGCAAUCAAAAAUACCAGAACUGCUAAUGGACGAGCAAGAGGAUUCGUCAUGGGUCCUCCUGACGCUGGAUCAGCAGUUGUUUUUAUAUCUCCAUCCCUGGAAAAGUAUUAGUGCAAGUAACAUUCUCACUGGCUAUGAAAUAGGGUUGAGCAACACGUUGGCCAACGUUUUUCCCGGAGUCAGAUUGCAGAAAUGCUGGUUCCAUAUGGCCCAAAUAAGAUUUCCUCAAAAAAUGUCACAAUAUUAA